AUGCAGUUUUCCAAUACAACAGGUAAUGACUUGAAGUGGAAUUUCUGUCAGUCAGAAAAUUACUUAUGUGUGUUGUUAUAUAUUUUUCUUUCCUUGUUGACUGCAGUGACAAUAUGUGGCAAUCUUCUUGUGAUAAUCUCUAUCAUUUAUUUUAAACAGCUCCAUACUCCUACUAACUACCUUAUCCUCUCCCUAGCAGUGGCUGACCUGCUAAUAGGAGCUUUAAUGUUUCCUUUUAAUAUGGCUUUUUCUGUAACAACCUGUUUGUAUCAGAACACUACAACAUGCAAAAUAAGAAAUGCACUUGAUGUCACAAUCAGUUCAUCUUCUGUUUUAAACUUGUGCUGUAUUUCUAUUGAUAGAUAUUAUGCAGUGUGCCAUCCUCUGAUGUAUAACACUAAAUUAACUGAUCAUGUUUCCAUGAUGAUGGGCCUGGGGAGCUGGGCUGUUUCAGUUUUAUAUGGAAUUUGUUUCUUCGUAAUGAAGUAUUAUUACAAUUUAUGUAGAAUAGAGUGUUUUUUCUUGAGUGGUGUUAUAUCCAUUUUAGCAUUUUAUGUCCCAACAAUAAUACUGCUCUGUGUCUACUCUAAAAUUCUACUUGUUGCACUGAAACAAGUAUCCAGCCUCCGGAAUGCAACCUCUCAGUCUGGGCCGGUUGCCAGUAAGAAGGAGAGAAAGGCAACCAAAACAAUGGCUAUCGUCAUGGGAUUAUAUUUGAUAUGCUGGCUGCCUAUUUUUAUCUCUUACCCCUUUUAUACUUUGAGUAACAUUGUCGCUGCAUUAGUUGAACCCUUUAACUGGUUUGCACUCUCAAAUUCAAUGUUCAAUCCAUUUAUUUAUGCGUUCUUCUACCAAUGGUUUAGAUCAGCUUUCAGGAUGGUGAUUUCUGGAAAAAUAUUUCAAGGUAAUUUUACUAACACAAAUCUGCACUGA